AUGAGUAUACUCGCCAAAAUCGCAGAGAUUGAAAAUGAGAUGGCCAGGACUCAGAGGAACAAGGCCACCGCUCACCACUUGGGUCUGCUCAAAGCACGUCUAGCCAAGCUAAGGAGGGAGCUCAUCACUCCGAAGGGAGGCAGCGGUGGUGGCACAGGAGAGGGUUUUGACGUUGCAAAAACCGGCGACGCUCGUGUCGGCUUUGUGGGUUUUCCCUCAGUGGGGAAGUCUACGUUGCUGAGCAAUCUAGCGGGGGUCUACUCCGAGGUCGCCGCCUACGAGUUCACCACCCUCACAACGGUGCCAGGGGUCAUUCGCUAUAAAGGAGCAAAAAUCCAGCUUCUGGAUCUCCCCGGAAUCAUUGAAGGGGCCAAAGACGGCAAAGGCAGAGGGAGGCAAGUUAUCGCAGUGGCUCGAACCUGCAACCUGAUCCUGAUAGUGCUCGAUGUUCUGAAACCUCUCUUGCACAAGAGGCUAAUAGAACACGAACUAGAGGGAUUUGGCAUCCGACUGAACAAACAGCCGCCCAACAUCGGCUUCAAGAAGAAGGAUAAAGGCGGCAUCAACUUUACCGCCACGUGCGCACAAACCGAACUGGACAGCGAUACAGUCAAGACCAUCCUGUCAGAGUACAAGAUCCACAACGCCGACAUCACCCUCCGCAGUGACUGCACAGCAGAUGACCUCAUCGACGUGGUGGAGGGUAAUCGGGUCUACAUCCCCUGCAUUUACGUACUCAACAAAAUCGACCAGAUCUCCAUCGAGGAGCUGGACGUCAUCUACAAGGUGCCGCACUGCGUGCCAAUCUCUGCUCACCACCGCUGGAACUUUGACGACCUGCUGGAGAAGAUGUGGGACUACCUCAAGCUUGUGCGCAUCUACACCAAACCUAAAGGCCAACUGCCCGACUACACGUCUCCUGUGGUUCUGCCUGACCAACACACUGCCGUCGAAGACUUCUGCUUGAAGAUUCACAAGAACCUCAUCAAGGAAUUCAAGUACGCGCUGGUGUGGGGAGCGUCCGUCAAACACAACCCUCAGAAGGUGGGCAAGGACCACGUGAUGGAAGAUGAGGAUGUUAUCCAGUUGGUGAAGAAAUAG